AUGAAGUCGGCCUUCCUCCAAAAGGUGAGGGUUUUGAAUUUUAAAACCGAGGGAACCGAAUAAUUUGCAGUGCCGCGUGUUUUGUCUCGGCCCGCAUUCUUCAGACUUGUCAUUUUCGGGAAUUGCAAUUCCCUCUUUGCCCCGAAUUCUUGGGAUAUAUGCUAUAAAUAUGGGUUGGAAAAAUGGUGGUUAGGCUAUGAUUCUGGGCAGUUAUGACAGAUGAAGAGGUUGGGGAAGGCGGUGGGGUCAGACAAUACGAUUUACAGUAGAGUUUUGAGUCUUUCAAGGGCCUACAAACUUAUUAAAACUAAAUGUUUGCGUUUUUCAGCUUACCAAUGCCUCGAAAACCCUUUAGAACCCAGAUUAAUCAUUGACUUAAUGUUUGCUCAAGGUUUGAAACAAUUCCUUAGUCCGUUGAAUAAGCCAUAAAUUCUUUGUUUAUUCUAUUCCAUUAUUUAUUAGCCGUGAAUUUUCUUUUGUUUGGCAAUUAGUUCUUGCUAUUAUUUGUUAAUUGUUAACUUAAGAAAACUUAAGAUUCAAGAUCAUUAAGAUAAAAUGUAUUAUAGCAAGUUUUUAUCUUUCUAUUUUUAUGAUUACAGCCGGAUUUCUUGUUUUGAGCUCUGGAAUUGACCGGUUAUUUGACCACUCAGACCCAAAAUUGAGGUCUGAUUACCGUAUAUCUCUUCUUAAUAGUUUUUAACUCUCGACACAAAAGAAAAGCCUCUUUUUGAAAUCCUUCCGUUCUUUUCUCGUGAAUUAUAAUUUUUGCGUUGUAAAAUAACAUAAAACAUCAAAAAAAAAUUCCAGGAAAAUAAGCCACCCCAAUUUAUCCCUCAUUCUGAACCUUUCGGGUUCCAAAAACCGUCGUCAGUUAUGGGAGACGAUGAGAAUUCAUCGACGGACGAGCCACCUACGAUGAAGCCGCCGACUAGAAGAGAUGAAAAGCCCGAAAAUCGUCGGGAAUCCCUUUGGAUGUCCAUGGGAAUCCGAUCGCCUCAGGAAGAGGAGGUCCUGAAGAGAGCCCAAAGUCUGCGAACUCGGAGAUUAUCGACCAAACAACGUCAAGAGACGAUCGAUGAGAUCACAGCGGUAGCUGGACAGAACGCUUCUUUGGAACAUUUAGGUGAGUUUAGGGUGAAAUACUCUGCUGAAAUGAACUGAACUUACAAUUAAACAAAUUUAAAGGGUUUUUGAAGCCAAUUGACAUUCGGAUGGGCCAAUUUCUAAAAAUACGCAUUACUGCUUGGCCUUCGGAGUCAUAGCACUUUUAGCAAAUUUAACCGGUCAAAUAUUGUUAGCUUGAGCAGUCAAAUAACCACAAGGACGGUUUUUGGCUCAAAAAAUAUCCUGAGAGCAUUUUUAAUUAACAUUUCUAAAUCGAGAUCCCUUAAGUUUCGGCUUUGAAUCUUCAAGGCUGUCAGAUUAUCCAUGCCGCUUGAUACCCUUUAUAUUCACCCUUUAGGGUAUUGUUUCCCCAUUUUGGAAGUGUGCAAGAGAAGAGGAAAGGAUUAAGGUCAUCAAAAUCCAAAACUCUUUCUAUUCUAUUGGGAACCUGUCGAGAAAAAAUUUGUUUAAAGAUCUCCUCCGAACCCACGUAAGUUUUCCCGAAGAGGUGGCGAUCUUUGGAUUGAGCGGAAAAAUGAGCCCUCAGGGCGGACCCUUGGGGUUGAAAAAUUCGGGGAAAGAGGAAGAGAAAGAACGGCAUAGUUCUGGCGGAGCUAGGCGCAUUUACGAAAGAAGAGGAAAAAUUGCUCCUGACCUAUUGUUUUUCUGUUUAGGAUAGGUCGAAAGUGGAUGUAAAUGGGUCUCCCUGUGGGACAGUAUGUGGACGUGGAACAGUUCUUGCGUAAGUUUCGGGAAAAUGGGCGUUAAUGACACAGGAUGUGGAAAUUGUUGACUGGGAUUUUAAGAGAACAUUGAUUUCUUAAGUCUUUACUCGGGUUGGGGAAGUUUAAGGUGUCCAAAGUUGUAGAACAAGGUUUCUCCGGUUGGGAAAUCAUGAUUUUAGCCUUGAUUUGAGUUUUUUUGUUCUCGCCGGCCUUAACGACUGGUUAGUCAGGCAAAAUUAUUGCAACCGCUCUUUAAUGCUUCUCAGCAGUCCUCAAAAUAUUUACAAACGUUCUUUGAUGAGCGUCCCCAAUCUCCACAAUUACGUGCUUCUCAACAAAGCCAUCCUUGCCCUUUUCUUUCAACUUUCGAGACCAGCCGGUCCUGCAUUUUCAACACUUGAUUUAUUCUUGUAUCGGGCCGUUCCUUGGGCCCAAAUCCCGCCAAAAAUUAGAAGCUCAUUGUCGACAGCUGCCCCCUCAGCAUGAUUUUAAAACAACGUCUGGCGCCUCAGACUUUGUUUUCCAUUUUGGAAUUUUUGACAUUGUUACGCAGCCUAAAGGCAUUUCCGUGGGAGCAAAGUUCUUUGGCGCCGUUCGUUGAAUUCGAGAGUGAACUUUGCUAACCAAAAAUCAGAAUCUAAGUAUCUAAUGGGCCAAAAAUCACAGAGUAUUUUGACAUUUUGUCUAAAUAUUGUUGUCGGAAGACCACUGUCCUUCUUCUACAACACUUUUUAAAGCAUUUCCCUUAUGAUCAUUCAUAAAUAAUCUCUGAACAGGGCUUUCCAAAUUCACUUGUUUUUAUCAACAACCAUACUUGGCCAACAAUACCAAUUUCUGAAAUAAUUUUUACGAGGAUUUACGGGGGAAUUUUAUUUAUGCUCUAUGGGCUCUCGACCCUCUCUUAUCCAUCCACUGCACUUUUUGGAAUGUAAAUAUAUUCUUUGUUGCAUAAAAUGCUCGUAAAGGGAAAAGUUUUGCAUUUUCUAAACAUUAUCAAACACCUUUAGGACUAUUUUGGCAGAUUUAGGCCUAAUAUCUGUUUUUGGGAUGCCUAAAAACCUUUUUCUGUCUAUGGCAACAUUCCCUGCGCACAAUAAAGUAUUCUUCAUGCCAUUACUCCAUAUCUAAAACGUCAAAGUUUCUCUUUUGUAUGCGAUUUCCCUGAUCUCUGUCUUACAUUUCUCAUGACAUUUGCUGACAAUUUUUGCUGUUUGAAUUGCAAAUAACAAAAAGAACGUGGGAAUAGUGUGCUGGACAUUAACGUAGGUGUUUGUUGUUGGGGUGAUUUUGUCGUUUGAACCAAGAAAAAAGAGAUUUGACACGUUUUUGGAAAUUUAAAUGUAAUGAACCCUUGCUCUUUGCUGAAAAUAAAAAAAAAAUUUGGAACUAAAUUCUAAGACAUUUCCCAUGUAUUAUAUUGUAGUAACCCCUUAGGCACGUCAUAUUUUCCGAUGUCGUCUCCAUAUACACUUCCUGAAAAGACUCGCCGAAUGAUGACGAAACCUGUUUCCAAAAAUUUCUAAACAGUUUUCUUCACAAUCGAAUUUUUCCGCGGCCUUUCCGAGCCCAAAUUCUAACUGCCUGCGGCAUUGCCGAAAGAAUAAAUAUUUGUGGCCUGAAAUUACGAAUGGCGAUGAGCGAGCGUUGAGAAGGAAGAGGAUUAGAGAGAGAAAGAUGACAGGAAAGAGCGGGCGAAAUAGAAGGUAGCAAAGAGUGAGAGAGAAGGGAAAAGAGGAGACAAAGAAGAUGGGUCGAGAAGAAUUGUGGUGAGUAUAGAUGAUGGAGGAUGUGGGGAAAAGAUUUAAUGGAUUUUUGAUUACCUCGAAUCUCUAAUCACAAGACGGGGCUAAAAAUUGGCCAAGGAAAACAUGUGUCCACUUAACUUUCCUACAAGAAUCAUAAGCCAUCCUUUUUUCUAAACUAUAAUUUUUUUCCGCUACUCCCAUGUUAAACUACAAUUGGAGUACUCGUUUCACACCUAAUGCUGUGUGCUGAAAUUUCCUUAUGACUCGAAAUUUCCUUCCAAAAUCAUUACGGCCGGUUUCUUACUUUCAACACCCUUUGCCUUUUCCUCAACCAAAAUAUAGUGCAAACAAAGAGGCGUCUAGAGAAAAGGAAAGAUUACACCAACCGAAGAGAGGCACAAACAUUUUCUUGGCCUUAAAAAAGCCCCGAGGGCUAUAAGCUCUCCGGGCAUUAGCAAUGUCCAGACGGGGCGCCGGUCGUCUGAAGGGAAAAAGCGGCCGAAAAAAUGGGGAUGAGGCGAGGAAGGGGAGAUGGCGCCGGAUUUUGGUCCAAAAAAUGGUCGGCCAUGUUCUUCUGGAUUCAUGUAGAUGGGCAGUCUGAUAAUUCAGGGGCUUCUUUUGUCAUUGUCUGUGGUUUUGUUUUGGUUUAGGGAUUAGAACGGAUUUUUGGUCGAAUCUUAAAUUUUUACGAUGGAAACUUGGAUUAUAUUGGGUGUUUUACGCUAUAGCCUUAUUUUUGGUGCAUUCCCCAAACGAAGAAUCCGAAAGACUUGUUUCAUCUGAAAUUUUAGAGUUUCCUUGGCCGAUUAAACUUCCUACACUAAAAAAAUCAAAUCCUGUCGACUUGAGGGCUUCAAGAAUUCAUUAGGCUUGCUCACUUGGACUUGCCCUCUUUUACCUGCACCAACAGCGAUUUGGACUUUUUGUGUUAUUUCCACUGCCAACUUUUAGCGAGAAAAGGCGUUUUGAUGGCUUGUGAUAUCUUUACCGUGUCAACUUCCCAUAUUGCAAUACUCGGAAAGAUUUUCAUUCAUUUUUUUCCUGUUCAGAGAUGACUUUGCUUUAAUAUGUUAUCAAAAUGUUAAAUUCGAAUCUCUGGUCCAUUUUCUAAAUUUACCUAAGGAUUAGUUGUCCGAGGGACCUCAUUACAUCCCAUUUUGGGAAAGUAAUUUGGAUCUUAAUGCACUAGGUGCACGGGAGUUUCAUACUCGGCGCACUUUCCUUGCACUUCCGGGAUUCUGACUCGGCUUCUUUUGCCCUUAGGGGGUCUCCUGUUUUCCUAAAUUUGUCCUCACUUCGACCUUAUUUUACUUUAUUAUUCCCAGCAAACACCUAAAUGCAAAGUCAAUUUCAUGUAUUACGAACGUAUCACUCAAAAUCCAUUUUUUACUUUGCUCCCAUUUAUUUACCAGUAGCGCUUAUCCUGUAUAUUACACUCGACUUCCUUUGGUUUCGAUUCCAAGUUGGCGUAUCAGCUUUCGGUUUUGUUUUAAAAUUAUUUUAUCGAAUGUUGAAUCGUAUGUUGACUGCAGGCCGGCUUCCUGGGUUGAGCGAGUAAAACUAUUUAAAUAUUUUCUGGGCCCCCGAAAAUGGAGGAGAAAACGGGCGCCGAUGAAAAGGAGCGAAAUAACGAUAAACGUAAGUUCCAGGAGGAAAAAGAUGUGCAUGUGGACUUCAUGGGGGUGUACACGAUUAUCUGACAAUUAUCUGACAGGUUUUGUCAUUUUCUAUUUGUCAUAAUCACGUCUAGAAUGCAAAAUGUUGCUGCUUUGCUCCAAAAUUUUACAAAAUUAAAUCACAAAGUAAAUAUAGUAAUUUUAAUAUACUCUUGAUUCUUUCGCAACAUGAAAUUUAUUUACGAUACUUGCCCCAAAAUGCUAAAUUAAAGCUUUUUGUUGCUUUUUCCCGCAAAGAUAGCCAACUGAUGUCAUCUUUACAUGACGAACAUGCCAUCAUAUGACGAUCUGCUAUUCCUGGAGGGUCUUCCCCAAUUUAAUGAAUAUUUAAUUGGACUAAUAACGAUGUGUCUGUUUACUUUACACUUUUCUGAGACACAACAACUUCGAAAUAAGGGGGAAAGGGGCGAGUGGACACGAUGUAAACAAAAGGCUGUAGAAUAUAGGGGAUUACUUAAACGGUUCAAAAUAAUUUGCAAAAAAAUAUGAGAGAAGUAAAAAAAUCAGAAAUCAUAGUCAUCAUUUUCGAAAUAAUCGAAAAUCUCGUUUCAGCGCCGGGUACCAGAGUCAUGUUUCUCCUCAAGGAGACCAGCGACUCCCCAGCUCUCUUCACCGAGAUGGGAGAACUGUUUCGUUCUGGGGGUACCGAGGAAUGGAAGGAAACCGCGAGAUGGGUCAAGUUCGAAGAAGAUGUCGAGGAAGGCGGAAAUCGGUGGUCAAAACCUCACGUCGCCACGUUGUCGUUACACGCAUUGUUUCAGUUGAGGUGAGCAGUCUUGAAAUUUAUCAUAGUGACUAUUGGUCAUCGUUUACUACAAAUGGAAACGACUCUUUUAAAUAUUUGCAAUAUUUUCUUUUAGAUCGUGCCUUUUAAAUGGUGUUGUGAUGAUGGAUUUGGAAGCCGACAACUUGGUUCAGCUUAUUGGUAGGCCAUUUUACGACCUUUUCCGUACAUCCUGUUUCUUCCUGCUAUUUUUAUACCUUCGUCAAAAUCCGACCCAAAUUUCGAGCCCUCAAUGAGCCAACUUUGACCGGAAAAUUAUAUAUUACUCAGUAAAAAUGAGGCUUUAAUCCAGCAUGCAAAAAACAGAUAACUGUAGUUUUAGCCCUCUGAACCUAAGCUUUCCCCGUUUUCCAAGACUUGCUUGGUCUUAUUGUUUUCUAAAAGCCCGGGUUCCUCGAGAUCUCUGCUUUACCCCACGCUUUUGCAUGCAUGUUUCGGAUCUCUGGCCAACGGCUCUUUUUUUGGGGGCCUUAACCAGAGAUCACACCCCGGCCGGUCGGUUCUCUGGUUUUCGAAGGCGGGGCUUAGGAGAGUUGCUCUUUUUUGAUUUCUCAAUGAGUCUUGAGGAACGCUGGUCAGGGUUUGCUAUGACGAAAAUGCUGAAAAAGCAUAUGUGUUUACAGUAUAAAGAAGACUGUUUAGAAAUCACUAAGAGUUCAAAAUCCAGUAGAAUUCUAAAGAGAAAAUAUGAAAAAAACUUGUUUCUUACAAAUAAAAUUUCAGAUAAGAUCUUGGAUGAGCUGAUUCAUUCUGGCCAAUUGGAAGAAUCCGAGAGGGAUGACGUCAGAUUAGUCUUGAAUCGUCGGCAUACUCAUCAGUAUGAACAGGUAAGCUACACCACAAAGAAGGCAAAAAAAAUAAUCAAAGAAAAGUAUCAAAAAGUAUCGAACCUUCCAAUAAGGACUAAAAUUCUAGGCUGGCCGAGCUACGAAUGGCACUGGAGCUCAACCUUCCGGCUUUUUGAAUGCAGUCCGAUCAAUUUCGGAUAUUGGAAAGUCAUUUUCGCACGGCAGGAAUCUCCACAAGCACGGGCAAGAGGAAGAUUCCCCGCAGAAGACCUCAAAUCAGUUGGAAUUGCCAAAAGUUGGAUCAGUUCCUAAGGACAUUACUCGCGAUGGCUCUUCCAGCGAUGUCUCCUUAAAGGGGAACACUCAUUUUAUGAAGAAACUGCCCGCAGGCGCUGAAGCUUCCAAUGUUUUGGUGGGAGAAGUCGACUUCCUCAACCAUCAUGUUACUGCGUUUGUUAGACUGAAGACGGCGUCGAUCUUGGGCGAUCUUGUCGAGGUCCCUGUGCCUACGAGGUUCCUGUUCAUUCUGCUUGGCCCGACCGGUCAUUCGGCUCAAUUCAAGGAGAUCGGAAGAGCCAUUGCUACUCUUAUGUCUGACGAGGUUGGUGGAUAUUUUGACUCUCUUUACAACCAUUGUCAAAAAAAAAUAUUUGGCUCUUUUUUAUCGCAUACUCAUCUAAUAUUGAUAUAACUGGAGUCUAACGAUCCCCAUAGUUUAGAUCUUUCAUGACGUCGCAUAUAAAGCGCGUCAUCGCGACGAUUUGCUUGAUGGAGUUGAUGAGUUCCUUGACCAAGUUACAGUCCUUCCUCCCGGAGAGUGGGAUCCGACAAUUCGUAUUGAACCACCCAGCAAAAUUCCGUCGCAGGAGAAGAGAAUGCAGGUACGUUUAUAUUUAAUUGCGCUAUCUUGGAUUUAGGUGCCAAAAGAUCUGUUAGAACAGGCACAAUCGGGAUCGCCAAAGAAGACCAAAAAGAUCGAGCCUGAAGAAGAAGAUGCUCAUGGCAGUGAUCCUGCAUUGAAGAGGACUGGCAAAUUCUGCGGUGGUCUUAUGGCAGACAUUAAACGAAAGUUACCGUGGUAUUGGAGCGACUACAAAGACGCGUUGAAUCUGCAGUGCGUCGCUACUGUGUGUUUCAUGUAUUUCGCUUUGCUGGCUCCAAUUGUUACCUUUGGAGGGUUGUUGGAAGAGGCCACUCAUCAGAGAAUGGUAAGAAUCCUUCUUAAUAUUACCAUUUAUGGAUUUAGGCAGCCAUGGAGAACAUCGCUAGUGCCGCUCUUUGCGGGGUUCUUUACCAUUUAUUCUCCGGCCAACCUCUUACAAUUAUCGGCUCAACUGGUCCGGUUCUUGUGUUCGAAACCAUUGUCUAUGAUAUGUGUCAAGGUCUCGGCUUGAAUUAUCUGAGCUUCCGAUUCUGGGUUCAUGUUUGGACAGCCGUUAUCUUGACCAUCAUGGUUAUGACGGACGCCUCUUCGUUGGUAUCUUAUAUCACCAGAUUUACGGAGGAGUCCUUUGCCACUUUGAUUGCCGUCAUCUUCAUCUAUGAGGCCAUGGUCAAGCUUUACAAAAUCAGCGACAACUUGGAUGUAAUUCCGGAUGCAAGGACUGGGAAUUGUCAUUGUUUACCGGGGAAUGCGACCUUGGCCGAAGUUCAGGCAGCAGCUCAUAAAUAUCAUAUGGAUAGUGCUGUGAUCCACGAUGGCAACCGUGUUCAAUACGAACAGGUAAGAUUAACUUUUUAAUACUCAAAAAGACUAGUUAGACCCUCUCUAACUUUUCUUAUCUUUCAGCUCGCUCUUGGCCAUUGUAAGAAACUUAUGGGCACUUUGUCCGGCGAUGGCUGUUUCGUUCUCUACGACAAGUUCCUGAUGUCCUUGGUCCUCAUGCUGGGAACUUUCUUCUUUGCCAUCACCCUGAAGAAGAUGCGUAAUAGCUGUUAUUUCCCCUCUUUCGUCCGUCAAGUUCUUUCCGAUUUCGCGGUUAUGAUUGCCAUUGUCAUCAUGACUCUGGUGGAUAUCGCGAUGGGAGUGAACACCCCCAAGUUGAAUGUGCCUUCCAGUUUCCGUCCCACUUACUCGGGUCGUCAAUGGUUCAUCUUCCCCUUUGAUGGGAACCCACUGUGGACUGCGCCUUUGGCCAUUAUCCCCGCUUUAUUGGCGUGUAUUCUGAUCUUCAUGGAUCAGCAAAUCACGACUGUGAUUGUGAACAGAAAAGAGAACAAACUGAAGAAGGGAUGCGGAUAUCAUUUGGAUUUGUUUGUGCUGGCCAUCUUGAUCGUGCUGGUUGGGAUGUUCGGACUGCCGGUUUACGUGGCGGCUACGGUCUUGUCGAUUAACCAUGUCAACUCGUUGAAAAUGGAGUCGGAAUCGAGGGCGCCGGGAGAAGUGGCGCAAUUCGUUGGGGUCAGAGAGCAAAGAGUUACUGGUAAGUUAUACAUGUACUUCUUAGUAUUGUUGUUUUUUCAUUCAUCUCACAAUCAUCUUCCAGGUAUCGCGACCUUCCUUCUCAUCGGCCUCUCGGUCUUCUUGACCAAGAUCCUCGCUCAUAUUCCAAUGCCGGUCCUCUAUGGUGUCUUCAUGUAUAUGGGUAUUGCUGCUCUCGGUGGAAUCCAACUGUUCGACCGUAUAUUGCUGUUGUUCAUGCCUAUGAAGUAUCAGCCCGACACAAUCUACAUUCGCCACGUCCCCAUCAAGAAAAUCCAUAUGUUCACGGCCGUGCAGGCCGCUUGUUUGGCCGUUUUGUGGGUGGUGAAGUCGAUAAAGAAGACAUCCAUUGCCUUUCCUAUUAUGGUAGGAUUAUUUUCGAUCUUUUUCUUGCUAUAACAAUGUGUAGCGAUCAAUUUAUCCUUUGAAUUUGUAGUUAGUUGUCAUGGUCGGAAUCAGAAAGUUGAUGGAGAAAUUCUUCUCCGAGAAAGAUCUCAAAUACCUCGACGACAAGAUGCCCGACUUCCAUCUUCGCAAGAAAGAAGACAUGAAGAGAAGGAGUUCCAAGCCAGAGGAAAUUGAGAUUGAUCUGGACGAGAAUCAAGGAACAAUUCAUGCCGUGAAAACAGAAGCUCAUCUUCACAUUCCCAUGACUUCAGGGAAUGUGAUUAAGAUUCCAUUGGCCGCGAUCCAAGACCAACCUUCGCAUAACAUCAAUAUCAGCAAGGAAGUGAACUCAAGCGGACUUUGGAGAUCGAUUACUAAUGACUCCAAGGAUAAUUUGAGAGCUGGUCAUAAGGAUAACAACCAGUAAGUGAUAGAAUAUAGACUAUUGGUAUAAUAGGUCAUUAAUUGUCAAGCAAUCAAAAACUCACACAUUUUUUUCAGUUCUCCCCGACUGGCUACUCCAGAUGAAGACGAUGAGGCCAUCACAAUCAAUGUUGUGAAGCCCUCUCCAGACGAAGGUCGCGCUGGGCAUAAUGAAAACGAGCCGCUGUUACAUAAGCGGAACAAGGACGAAGCCAGUCAUUAA